UUCAUUUCCGUUUACAUCCAAAGGUCCAAACUUUCACGCUUAUAUAAACAUCAGGAGCUCGAUAUCAUCGUUGUUGAAUCUCUUGCCAUUUCCGAUUGUCAAAUUCGAUAUCUUUCUCAAGCAUUCGAUCAUGACAAAGAUUAGGGUUUCUUUCAUCCUCGCUCUAAUUCUUCUUCUCUCCUCUUCUUUCUUCAUUCAAGUUGCUAGGUCACAGUCUGAUUCAGACUCCGACUCCGAUUCCAAUGCUGAUCUUGUUGCCGAAACUGUUGCGGAAGGAGCAGUUAGUGAUGAAACCCAGGACUUUGGUGUUGGGAAUUUUAGUCCAUCACCUGAUGUUGAAACAGUCUGUGUUUUCCCUAAAAACUCUGCCAAAUUGGUAGUAGCAGGGCAAGAAACCGAACUUUUGAUUGGAAUGAAAAACGAGGGGGAACAAAAUGUCAAGGUCCUUGCAGUUUAUUCUAGUGUCCAUCUUCCUUUUGAUCAUAAAAUGUUGGUCCAAAAUCUUACUACACAGACUUUCAACAAUGCAUCUGUUCCUUCUUCAGUUCAAGCUACCUUUCCCUAUAUGUUUGCAGUCAGCAAGUUCUUACAGCCUGGAACAUUUGAUCUUGUUGGGACAAUAGUGUAUGAGAUAGGUGAAGUCCCAUACCAGAAUACAUUCUAUAAUGGCACCAUUGAAGUAACUGAAGCUGGAGGCCUUGUUAGUGUUGAGACAGUGUUUCUAGUUUCUCUUGGAUUUGCUCUUCUUGUCCUCCUUGGCUUAUGGGUUCGUGGUCAGCUACAAAAUCUUUCCAAGAAAACUAAGAGGGUGAAGGUGGAAGUUGGAACAAAGACUGUUGAUGCAUCCAUGGAUGAGUGGCUGCAGGGAACUGCUUAUACUCAGUCACAGUCUUUCAAAUUGAAAAAGAAGAAGUAGAGAGGAGAGGGGUAUUACGGGAAUAGAAAGAAUUUUGUAAUUCGUGUUGAGCAAAUGUUAAUGUACUCUUUUGUAGAAUGAGCACGGAGUCUCGUUUUCUUGGAGUUUUAGCUAGCAAUACCUGACAUUUGUUAAUUUUUAGAAUAUUUUAUAUAAUUGCAGUUUUACUUUUGCCAAA